AACUGUGUGUGAGGAAGUCCAUUGAAGUGAGUAACAGUUGCAAUGUUAUAACACCUGUUCCAAAAUGAAUUGCAACUAGCACAUGUGUGUGUAUUAGAACGUGUCUGUUCCAUAAAGAACAAACACGACAUACAAAAACGUAAUAACUCAAUAAAAAAACUUACAUAAAUCAUGAUAUAUUAAAGUGGUUAAAUGUUGUCCAUCAUAUCUUGGAACAUAAAUCGGUAAAAAUUAAUAAUAAAUAGUAUUAACAGUUCCAUGUUCUUUUUCACUGCCAAUAUUAUAAUAUAGAAUAUUAUCUUCACUAUAAAAUGUUUCAAACAUGACGGUUGUUAUUGAAACUAAUAUUUAUUUGCUCACAAAUUGUUUUUUUGUUCCUCGGAAGAUAUUCCAAUAUUUCAUUGCUACCUUCAGAGGUAAGAGCGUGACUAUAAAUUCAAGCGCGUGUCUAUCGAACUCAUGAUAUCCGAUGAGCUAUUGUGUGACGUUGUGUCUCGUAAAAAAUUAGGAUUCACAUUCGCAAUAUUCCAAUAUAAAACUGAACUGUGAUUGAAACGAGUGUUAUUGUCACGUUUAGAUGUUCUCAUCUGGCGCCAUGUCUCAAGGGAUAACGGUCUGUGGCAAUGAGAUUGAACUGAACAACCCUGGACAAGACCUGGUUCAUGUCAAGGACAGAAGUGGUAAGGCGUACUCACUACAACGCUAUGAUGGCGUCUAUUACAACACUUUCUACAACGUUGCUCAUCUUCAGCAGAUCAAAGGAUUUAAACUGCGCGCGGAUGACGUUUACUUUGCUGGAUAUUUGAGGACAGGAACACACUGGACGUAUGAAAUGAUGAGUAUGCUCUUGAAAGGUAAAGCAGAAACCGCGCCAAUCUGGAAAGGGGCGAACCAGUUAGAGAUUGUGGGGGUUGCAGUCCUGGACGCGCUACCUUCUCCACGAAUUAUUAAUUCCCAUGUCAGUUUGUUCCAUUCCCCUGAUGAUCUGAUAGAGAAGAAAUGUAGAAUUGUGUAUUCCCUGAGGGACCCCAGAGAUGUUGCCGUUUCUAUGUAUAACCUGAGUCGUUCUGGAUCUGUUGUGACCAACUACACAGGAGACUUCAAGGAUUAUUUUUACCUCUUUCUUGAAGGGAAAGCUGAUGUUAAUGGAUACUUUGAUCACAUGAAGAAGGCUGAAAACUUUCUUCAACAACAUCCGGACAUCCCUGUACUCACAGUAGUGUAUGAAGAGAUGCUUGAGAAUAAGCUCAUGGCAGUUGAAAGGCUGGCAGGUUUUCUUGGCGUCCAGAAGAAUGUUGGUCUCUUUGAAGCUGUUGCUGAAAAAUGCCAGUUUUCAAAAAUGGUGGUUGACAAGAGUGCAUACACUAUAAAGUUCAGUGGAGAAAACUCUAUUUUCCGAAAAGGUGUGAGUGGUGACUGGAAGAACUGGUUCACUGACGAAAUGUUGGAGGACUACAUCCGUGUGUAUAACGAAGAAAUGUCCGGCUCACGAUUCUACCGCAAAGAGUAUGUACGGCAGAAGUAGUCCCUCAUCACAGAAUAUAGCCUUGAGGAAUAAAAGCAAACAGUCGAAUGUAUACUCAAAUCAUAUAUAUAUA